AUGGAAUACUACUAUAGUAUAAGCAGAUAUGUCUCCCCUGAGGAAAGAGACCAAAUUGCUACGCUAUUGAAUUUGUCCCCCACAAACGUCAAGGUCUGGUUCCAAAACAGAAGGAUGAAAGAGAGAAAGUCCAAAAGUGAGCAAGCAAGCAAGCAAGCGAGUAUUAGAAAAGAGACUUGUACGAGCAGUGAGAAUAGUAUCAGCAAUGAAGUCUGUAAUAGCUCUGAGUUGUCGCCUGCAUCUGGUUAUAGCACAUCUACUACAGAAGAGUCGCUACAAUUAACCAACUUUACUUCUGAAUGGCCAAGAAUUGUCAAUAGUCAAAAUCAAGUUCAAAGUAGUGUAAACCGGAUUCAACCUCCUCUAGUUGCACCGCAAAACAACUUUUAUGGAACUAUAGAACCGCAAACCGAUACCGUACAACAUUUAACAAAUAAUGAAAGAUUUGAAGAAGACUUAAAUACGCAUUUGAGCUUAAAUUAUCCUACACCAGAAUAUCAUUAUGAUUCAAAUCCCCCUAUUAUGAGUAACUAUGUAAGCAGUACGAAUGACAUCGAUUGGAAUGACAACGAUUUUGAAUACCUACAAUGAAUUUAAGUUGUAAUUUUAUUUAUAUAUUUUUUUUAUUUUUAAUACAAUUGUAUGAAUCGAUUACGUUAAAUUAUAUUUAUAUAAAUUUAUUACUGUCAAAUAGCAUGAAAACAUUGCUAUGUAGCUAACGUUUAUUUAUUGACUACAUAUUUUAUUUUUAUACACGAGUUAUAUAAAGAUGAUUAAGUUAUUAAUAUAUUUUUAAGUAUUAACGAACAUACUACGAAGUAGAAAAAAAACUGAGCAGGUAAAGUAUAGUAUGCCAAAUUUAGUUCAUAAAACAGUAUUUUUACAAUAAGUUAUUGAAUAAAAAGUUGUUUUAAAUGUUGUAUCCCAUCCUUGUGUUAUAUUAAGAUAUUUUAUGUUUUAAAAUAAAAUAAUAUCAAAUUUAAGAUGUAUUCUAUGAAGUAGAAAAUAAAAAUAAGUAGGUUGUAUGUAAUAUACUUAAUAUUGUUUUUAAAAAGAUAAUUUAUUUUAAGUUAUUGAAAAUAAAUUAAGUUUUUAGUUAAGAAAUAAAUUAAGUAGUAUUAAGUUUUUGUACCCAUUCCAUUCCAGUGUUAUGUAAAUAUAUGCGAUUUAUUUUAACAGCAAGUUCGAGUUAUAUUCUACGAAGUAGGAAAUACUUGUCAAACAAACAGGUAAUGUAUAAAAUACUGAAUAUUGUUUGGUUAGAAAAAUAAGUGAAUAUAUUUAAAAUAACAAUGUAGUUUGUUACGAUCUGACAUGUUUUUAAUAAAAUAAAUAAUAUGAAAGUCUCCUAAAGUGUAAAGUGACUUUCAAUUUAAAAAUAUUAUUUAAUACUCCAUUUUUUAAUUGAAAAAACUUUAGGGGGUUUUCAUCUUUCCUUAAUAUUUUUUUUCAUUCAUUAAAUCUUACUUUUAAUCCAAUAUUAUGCACAACAUUGUCUGUAUUUAAUUUAUCUUUUAAUAAUGGCCAAGUUUAUAAUGGCAUAUUUAUAAUGGUCAAUGGCAUCCGCAUGUGAGACGUGAAUGAAUUUUAUAGCUUAUUGCUCCAUAAGUGGUGUAUCCAAGUGUGAUAUAAAAUGAGCUUCUAAAGAUUGCCCGCGCUCCUCAUGUGAACCACGUCGGUCAAUAUAAAUGAGCCAUGUGAUUAAUAUAAUAAUAAAUUGUAAUGAAACCAGUGAUAUUUACAUAAAAUAAAACAUUUUUAAUAAACACUUCAUACAUACUAUUCAUACUUUGACUUUGGUGGCGCGGUAGUGUUCUAGAUGUCUCUCUGAAGUCCGGGUUCGAAUCCCAAUCGGCUAAAUAUAUAACAUUUUUCAUAAGUAUACCGGGAAUUUUCCUGUAUUGUUUCAGGUCUGGGUGUUGUGGUACCUUUGUUGUUUCAGAUUUCCAUAAUCCAAGCACUUUAACUAGUAAUUUUCGGUACUUAUCUAUGCAUGUGAAUAUCGAAUAUAUAAUAGAAUAGAUUUAUCAAUACAAUAUGAGAAAUAUAUUCAUUAAAAUAUUCAAAAAUACAUAUGCUUUUAUAAAAUAGCACAUAACAACUGAGAAUCAGCAAAAUCGGUCCAACAUUCGAAGUUAAAGCUCCUCAUAGGCCUCACUCUUGCUUGAACUCAAUCAGUCAUUAUAUUUUACAGAGAAAAGAUUAGAUUUU